CAGCUCCAUUUUGGCAUCAAAACAAGAACCAAGUUUUCUUCUUUUUACACUUUCAAAGAAUAUAAAUUUCUUCACAGAUCUUUCUCCUCCUUCCACCAAUUUCUCUGAAUAAGAAAAAGUUUAAGCCAAAGGAACACUUUCUCUCUUCACCACAUCUUUUCUCAACUAAGUAAGAAUAAGAAUAUAAAGUGUGAAACCCAACUUCAAGUAAAGCAAAGAUAUUUGCUUUUGCUUUCAACAGUCUCCGGUAUGAGUUUCAAACCUAAUGCCAUGAUGAAUGCGGCUAUGGCGACAGCUUCUGCUCUGUUUCUUCUAGGGUUUCUUGUCUCUUCAGUCUCUGCUUCUGUCUCUUACGAUAGCAGAGCCAUUACCAUCAAUGGUAAAAGAAGAAUCCUCAUCUCUGGAUCUAUUCAUUACCCCAGAAGCACUCCUGAGAUGUGGCCAGAUCUAAUAAGGAAAGCAAAAGAAGGAGGUUUAGAUGUGAUUCAGACUUAUGUUUUCUGGAAUGGGCAUGAGCCUUCUCCUGGAAAAUAUUAUUUUGAAGGCAACUAUGAUUUGGUUAAGUUUGUAAAGUUGGUCAAACAGUCUGGACUCUACCUUCAUCUAAGGAUUGGUCCUUAUGUCUGUGCAGAAUGGAACUUUGGUGGAUUCCCUGUUUGGCUUAAGUACGUUCCAGGGAUUAGCUUCAGAACAGAUAAUGCUCCUUUCAAGGCUCAAAUGCAAAGAUUCACUACAAAGAUUGUUAACAUGAUGAAAGCUGAGAGGCUGUUUGAAUCCCAAGGCGGUCCUAUAAUCCUCUCUCAGAUUGAGAAUGAAUAUGGACCAAUGGAAUAUGAGCUGGGUGCACCGGGUAGGUCUUACACCAACUGGGCAGCUAAAAUGGCUGUGGGGCUAGGCACUGGUGUCCCUUGGGUCAUGUGUAAACAAGACGAUGCUCCUGACCCCAUUAUCAAUGCUUGCAAUGGCUUCUACUGCGAUUACUUCUCUCCCAACAAGGCUUAUAAACCCAAAAUGUGGACUGAAGCCUGGACUGGAUGGUUUACAAAGUUUGGAGGUCCAGUUCCUUACCGUCCAGCUGAAGAUAUGGCCUUUUCCGUUGCAAGGUUUAUUCAAAAGGGUGGAUCUUUCAUCAACUACUACAUGUUUCACGGUGGAACAAAUUUUGGUCGUACUGCUGGUGGUCCGUUUAUUGCAACCAGCUAUGAUUAUGACGCUCCUCUUGACGAAUAUGGACUUGAAAGGCAGCCUAAGUGGGGGCACUUGAAAGAUUUGCAUAGAGCUAUCAAGCUUUGUGAGCCAGCACUAGUAUCAGGACAG